GUUUAUGGACGAGAUACAGGAUAUGAAACUCUGCUUUGUCCACAAGUGAAGCAAAAAACACAGUUUGUUCCUCAAAUUAUUUCUUCAUCAACAUCUUUCUUAGGGAACGCCUCUUAUAAGAAAAUCUGUGCUGUGAUCUGCGAGACUUAACAGCAAGUCAUAUAUCUAUAUCGUGAGCGAGGACAGGAGAUCGGGGCUGAAGAAAGAUGUUGCUGAGUUUGGGGUUUAUCUGUCUGACUUUCGUGAGCUUGGUGAGAAGUGAACCAUGCGUUUCCUCCUCCCAAGGUCUACCAGGAAUCCCCGGGACCCCAGGGAGAGAUGGAAGGGAUGGUUAUAAGGGAACAAAAGGAGAACCAGGACCCCCAGCAUCGUCACUGAAAAUGACAGAAUUUAAAGGAAAAAAAGGUGUAAUGGGAUCCCCAGGUCCCAAAGGAAAAGCAGGUCCCAUGGGUACACCUGGUCUCAGUGGAGAUAAGGGUGUGACAGGCGUUCGUGGGGACAGUGGAAUGCCUGGGAAUCCCAAACGUGAUCUCCAAUCUGCGUUCACUGUGGCACGGACAACAAUACAGUUCCCGCAGAAAAAUGAACCCAUCAUCUUCAAUAAAGCGAUCAGCAACGACCACAAAGAUUACAAUGUAGCAACUGGAAAGUUCACCUGCCAAAUCCCAGGACUGUAUUAUUUUGUUUACCAUGCCUCUCUGUCCUCCAACCUGUGCGUCUCUCUGUACGUUGGGGAGGAACGAAAAGUCAGCUUUUGUGACCAUAAGACCAAUGAGUACCAGGUCUCCUCUGGAGGAAGCCUUGUCCAGCUCACGAAGGACCAAGAGGUUUGGCUGGCAGCCAAUGAUUACAAUGGGAUGAUCGGAGUUAGCGAUCACAAUAGCGUAUUCUCAGGAUUCCUUGUUUUCCCCGAGUAAACGCUUAGCACUCGCUAUUAUCACAUGGGGUUAUGGUGGAGGAAGUGCAUGUAUUUUAUAACCAGAUGUGACUAGUAUCAGAAAAAGUGUACAUAUAUAUAUAUAUAUAUAUAUAUAUAUAUAUACACAAACAUAGCAGACAAUAAAAAGGAGAACACAUCUGGCAGAAUUAUACUAUUUACAUUUCAUUCUAUCCAUAUUUUUUUAUUACUGACCAUAGAAACAUAGAAUGUGAGGGCAGAUAAGAACCAUUCGGCCCAUCUAGUCUGCCCAAUUUUCUAAAUACUUUCAUUAGUCCCUGGCCUUAUCUUAUAGUUAGGAUAGCCUUAUGCCUAUCCCACGCAUGCUUAAACUCCUUUACUGUGAUAGAAACAUAGACCAGGUUUCCUUAUAACAAAAGAUACAAAUCAGUGUGGCUUAUUGACUAAACUGUGGAUUGAAAAUCAAACAGUAUAAUUCAACCCAAAAUGGCCGAUAUAGAAAAAAAUAUCCUACUCAGGUGUAGCUAGGGUGAGCUGUAUUAUUCUGUACUUUUCUUUUUUCAUUUCACCACAAUUCACUGUAGUGAAUAAACUAUCUUGUAUCUAUCUAUCUCUGUCUAUCUAUCUAUCUAUCUAUCUAUCUCUCUCUGUCUAUCUAUCUAUCUCUCUCUGUCUAUCUAUAUAUCUAUCUAUCCAUACAUCCACCUAUCACACCGCUGUAUUGUUUAUAUUGCAUUUUUUCAAAUACAAUUAAUUGUAUUUUUAACUGCAAGCUCCCGUGCGUAGGCAACGUGUGCAUUUAUUGAUGUGUGUCUGUUUUUUAUUGUGUACAUUUUGCAAUUGUGUUUUCUUUCACCAACUGAUAAGUGCAUGAUGCAUCUCCUUUCUCCUGUAAUCACUAACUCUGAGCCGCAGAAAAGAAGCUCCAUGUAACUCACAGCAUUCUUCAAACACUAUAUUCUCCUUACAAUCUGCAAAUGUAUUGUGUUUUACACAAUGCUUGUAUGAAAUAAACUGGUUUAAAAAACU